AGAGGAGCCGGGACACCGAAGGAAGAGGCCGGAGGGAGAUCGCGGAGGGGAGGGGGCGGGAGGGGGGUGGGGUAUCCUGAGUCGUCCGUGGUCCGGAGUCUGGAAGGCCCUGGAGCGGCGCCAGUCGACCGGCCUCGCCACAACUUGCCCAGACCAGACACGUUUCAUCCUGCGCCCUGCAAGAAGGAGCCGGCCUGCCUCUCCCCGCUUUGCUGCUCCUCGGCCUCCGCGGGCCUGGCCCGCGUCAGCAGCGACCCUGGGGUCUGGGUCCCCUGUGUCGCCCCCGCCCGCCUGCAGCGCCCGGCACCCGCCCAGGAGCGCACAGCUGGGGUGCUAGGGAUAUAUACUUGAGCAAGAGAGACCACAGCUCUUGUUCCCGCUCAUCCUGCAGCCCAGUGGAUGGAGUCCAGAGUCUACAGACCUGCCAGGAAAGAAAAAAAUAUUCCUGAUGUCUGGUCCAAGCAGGAAUUCCCCGGUGGAUUGGGGAAUGUCCGGCUUUUCCUCAGCUUAUUGAUCUCUGUGGUAACCACUGGAGGCCCCCAGAAGACCCAUAGAAAUGAGAGGCCUGAGGUCUACAAGUUGCUGCUAGAAAUAUUUUAGCCUCUCCAAAACCCAGAAUGCAGCCCCGAUCCAAGUUUGUAAGGGUUCUGGGUGCACGCUGACUGCGUGCGGGUGGACGCGCUGUUUGCUCCAUGUCCGGACCCGGGCGCUGCCAUAGCAACGUCCUGGACGCCCAGACUUUAGGCCGCCGCCGCCGCGGAAGCAAGGAACCUGGCCUUCUCCCGCUCCUGAGGGCUGCGGCCCGGGAGGCGGCCCAGGCUGGGUAGAGACCGCCCGGCUCCUCCUAUGCAAGCUGAGGCAGCGGAUUGGCUUUCAAGCAUGGUAAGAGGCGGGAGGCCGGGGCGCCCCCCACGGGGACGCCGGGCUGGGGAGAACCGGGGCUUCCCCGGACCCCCAACUCUCCAGCCUGCCCACCCCCCAUCCCCGCCUCCCGCCGCGCUCUCUUUGUGCCCCCCGCAGCCCUUCCAGAAGCAUGUCUACUACCCGCUCGCCAGCGGCCCAGAGGGGCCCGACGUCGCUGUGGCCGCCGCCGCCGCGGGCGCAGCCUCCAUGGCCUGUGCGCCCCCCAGCGCGGCUUCGGGGCCCCUGCCCUUCUUCCAGUUCAGGCCGCGGCUGGAGAGUGUGGACUGGCGGCGGCUGAGCGCCAUCGACGUGGACAAGGUGGCGGGGGCCGUGGACGUGCUGACGCUGCAGGAGAACAUCAUGAACAUCACCUUCUGCAAGCUGGAAGACGAGAAGUGCCCACACUGCCAGUCGGGGGUGGACCCGGUGCUGCUGAAGCUCAUCCGUCUGGCGCAGUUCACCAUCGAGUACUUGCUGCACUCACAAGAGUUCCUCACCUCGCAGCUGCACACCCUGGAGGAGCGGCUGCGCCUGAGCCACUGCGACGGCGAGCAGAGCAAGAAGCUGCUCACCAAGCAGGCGGGGGAGAUCAAGACGCUCAAGGAAGAGUGCAAACGCAGGAAGAAGAUGAUCUCCACCCAGCAGCUGAUGAUCGAGGCCAAAGCCAACCAGUGCCAUUUUUGUGACAAGGCCUUUAUGAACCAAGCUUUUCUACAAAGUCACAUUCAACGCCGCCAUGCUGAAGAAAAUUCUCGUUUUGAGUAUCAGAAAAAUGCACAGACUGAGAAGCUCCGGAGUGAGAUCGUUGUAUUGAAGGAAGAGCUGCAGCUCACCAGGUCUGAGCUAGAGGCUGCACACCAUGCCAGUGCGGUCAGAUUCUCCAAGGAAUACGAAAUGCAGAAAACAAAAGAGGAAGACUUUUUGAAGUUAUUUGAUAGGUGGAAAGAAGAGGAAAAGGAGAAACUAGUUGAUGAAAUGGAAAAAGUCAAGGAGAUGUUUAUGAAGGAAUUUAAAGAAUUAACUUCAAAGAAUUCAGCAUUAGAAUAUCAACUGUCAGAAAUCCAGAAGUCCAACAUGCAGAUCAAGUCCAACAUAGGCACAUUAAAAGAUGCACAUGAGCUUAAAGAAGACCGUUCUCCAUAUCCCCGGGAUUUCCAUAAUGUCAUGCAGCUUCUUGAUAGUCAGGAAAGCAAAUGGACAGCUCGAGUUCAAGCUAUUCAUCAAGAACACAAGAAAGAGAAGGAUCGGCUCCUGUCACAUAUAGAGAAACUUCGAACCUCAAUGAUAGAUGAUCUAAAUGCAAGCAAUGUUUUCUACAAGAAAAGGAUAGAGGAGCUAGGACAGAGACUCCAGGAGCAGAACGAGCUGAUUAUAACUCAGAGACAGCAGAUUAAAGACUUUACCUGUAAUCUAUUAAACAGUGUCAGUGAACCCAAAGUGAAUGCCCCAGCCCUGCACACUUGGGAAACUAAAUCAAGUCUGCCAAUGGUGCAUGAACAGGCGUUCUCGUCGCACAUACUGGAACCAAUAGAAGAACUUUCAGAGGAAGAAAAAGGAAGAGAAAAUGAACAGAAAUUAAAUAACAACAAAAUGCAUUUAAGGAAAGCUUUGAAGAGUAACUCCUCCCUCAUUAAGGGACUAAGAACAAUGGUGGAGCAGAACUUGAUGGAGAAACUGGAAACCUUGGGGAUUAAUGCAGAUAUACAUGGCAUUUCAAGUGAUCAAUUGCAUAGAGUACUAAAAAGUGUGGAAUCACAAAGACAUAAGCAAGAAAGAGAAAUACCUAACUUUCACCAAAUUAGAGAAUUCCUUGAACAUCAAGUCAGCUGUAAAAUUGAGGAGAAAGCACUACUCUCUUCAGAUAAGUGCAGUGUUUCUCAAAUGGAUACCCUUUCAACUGGAGAAGUACCCAAAAUGAUACAACUUCCUUCCAAAAACAGACAACUGAUUAGACAAAAAGCUGUUUCUACUGAUAGGACAUCUGUUCCAAAAAUUAAGAAAAAUACGAUGGAAGAUCCUUUUCCCAGAAAGUCUUCAACUAUUACGACCCCUCCGUUUAGUUCAGAGGAGGAGCAGGAGGACGACGACCUCAUCCGGGCGUACGCAUCCCCAGGCCCACUUCCUGUGCCGCCAUCGCAAAACAAGGGCAGCUUCGGGAAGAACACAGUGAAAAGUGACGCGGACGGGACCGAGGGAAGUGAAAUCGAGGACACUGAUGAUUUUCCCAAGCCUGCAGGAGCCGCCAUUAAAACACCUACUGAAAAAGUUGAAAAGAUGUUUCCACAUCGCAAAAAUGUGAAUAAACCAGUCAGUGGAACUAAUGUUCCUGAGAUGUUUAUCAAAAAAGAAGAAUUACAAGAACUAAAGCAUGCGGAUGUGGAGGAUGAAGACUGGGACGUAUCAUCCCUAGAGGAAGAGAGAUCUUUGGGAAAAAAAUCCGGGAAAGAACAGAAGGAACCUCCACCUGUGAAAAAUGAACCACAUUUUGCUCAUGUGCUAAAUGCCUGGGGCGCAUUUAAUCCUAAGGGGCCAAAGGGAGAAGGACUUCAAGAAAAUGAAUCAAGCACAUUAAAAAGCAGCUUAGUAACUGUGACUGAUUGGAGCGACGCUUCAGAUGUCUAAUUCCACAUGUCAGAAGAUUCUUCCAGAAGCCAGCAGUAUUUCAGUAUCACAGUGUUUCAGUAACUUGCCUCCAUGAUUCCAGUGCUUCUGCCUUACCAUGUUUCCCACAGCAACACAGAGACUGAUUCAAAGAACAGUGGUCUCUUUAAUGGCACCUAAUACAGUAUUGAAAAUCAGAUCAUCAACAGUACUUCGAAGCAUAUAAAGAUGUUUAAGACUUCUGCUGCUGCUUAAAAAUAACAUGUCAUUGAAGUCAUAAAAAGUUUUUUCUUCAGAACGGUACUCUAGUGUUAAGUUUUUUUUUUCAACUAAUUUUUAAGUGAAUUUUUUUUAAACUUACAGCAUGUUUUGGUUUGAAUUAUUAAAACUUUAAAAAAUAUUUUUCUUAUGUAUGCUGUCAUAUCGUAGGUGUUUAUAUUAUAAAAUUCUGUUAGUAGUCUUAAAAUUGAAUUGGUGGAACCACUAAUCCCUAAAAGUUAAUCUGGUUAUUUUUCAUGUAGAAGUAAGUUUAAUCUGAGUGUGGUGGUGUUCACCUUUGAUCUCAGCUACUUGGGAGGCUGAGGUGGGAGGAUCGCUUGAGCACAGGAGUUCAAGACCAGCGUGGGCAAUAUAGCAAGACUCCACCCCUCCACACCCCAAAAAAGUAAGUUUAGAAUUAGAAUAUAGCUAGGUCCAAUGUUAAAUACAUUUUCCUGAAGUACAUUUGUCACAUUCAGCUUUGAGCCACUGUAAGCAUGUUACUAUUAAAUGGUUGGUUAUUUUAUAUAGCAUAUUCUUUAUCUUGGAUAUUUUAUGAAUAAAGUGUAGUUAUUUUAA